AUGGCUGUGCGUUUGUUAACUAAAUUGAAGGUUUUGCCUGAUGUGCGCGGGUCUGUGAAUCUCAGCUCGAAAGCAGCGCCCGCUACAUUAUCGGAUUUCGAUGUCCAGCACAAGACUCCCGUUAUCAGGAAACAGAAGCUGAUUCCUAAGGCGCAAUACGGCGGUCGUCACGCGGUGACCAUGCUCCCUGGAGGCGGUAUCGGUCCUGAGUGCAUGGGAUACGUUCGCGACAUAUUCAAAUACAUCGGUGCUCCUAUUGACUUCGAAGUGGUGGACAUUGACCCAACGAUGGACAAUGAUGAUGAUGUCCAAUAUGCUAUAACGACCAUUAAGAGGAACGGUGUGGGGCUAAAGGGCAACAUUGAAACCAAAAGUGAGGCAGCCUAUGUGACGUCACGCAAUGUGGCUCUCAGAAACGAACUGGACAUGUAUGCUUACAUACUGAACUGUAAAUCUUACCCUGGCGUUGCGACCAGACAUAAGGACAUUGAUGUUGUUAUUAUCAGACAGAACACAGAAGGUGAAUACGCUAUGUUGGAACACGAAUCCGUGAAUGGUGUGGUCGAGUCAAUGAAAGUGGUGACAGCUGACAACUCGGAGAGGGUGGCCAGGUUCGCCUUCGAAUUCGCCAAGAAAAACGGCAGGAAGAAGGUAACAACGGUUCACAAAGCCAACAUCAUGAAGUUAUCCGAUGGCUUAUUCUUGGAGACGUCACGUCGGCUCGCCAAGGAGUACCCGGACAUAGAACACAACGAUAUGAUCAUUGACAACUGUUGCAUGCAGCUCGUCGCAAAGCCACACCAGUUUGAUGUUAUGCUGAUGACUAAUCUGUACGGGUCCAUUGUCUCGAACGUGGUCUGCGGGCUGUUGGGCGGAGCCGGCCUGCUCUCCGGUAGGAACUACGGCGACCACUACGCUGUAUUCGAACCUGGCACUAGGAACACAGGUACCGCCAUCGCCGGGAAGAACAUUGCCAAUCCGAUCGCCAUGAUCAACGCCUCCAUAGACAUGCUGGAGCAUUUGGGCCAUCAGUUCCACGCGUCGCUACUCCGCCGCGCCAUAAACAAGACGAUCAAUGUGGACCGCGUACUCACCCCGGAUUUGGGCGGAUCUAAUACCUCCACAGAUGUCGUGGGCGCCAUCUUACAAAAUGUCGGGCGCUGCUAG